UAGCUGAGCCAUAAUCUUUAGGGAUCUGUUUUCAUUUAUGCAGUUUAAACCAUUCAGAUAAGCUCUCUAUUAGCAUCAGUAAAAAAUAUUUAUAUUUUUUUGAAUAAAUUCAUGAAAGCAAUUUGAAAUGUAUAUAUAUAAAACUUCGUCAUACACUGAACCAAAUCUGGCAAUAAAAUUUAAAGAGUCAAUCCAAUAAAUCUUAAAGUACAGUGUGUAAUAGGAGCUAUUGUAUAAUCCAGUAAAAAAUAUAGGAAAUUACAAUGAAUCUAAGCAGCUUGUUAUAAUCAGUAUCAAAUAAAAGAAUUUCCUAUAAAUACUGAACCAAAUCUGGCUAUGAAAUUUAAAGAGUCAAUGCAAUAAAAAUCAAAAUUCAAUGUGUAAUAGGAGAUACUGAUAAAUCCAGUACAAAAUAAAGGAAAUUCCAAUGAAUUUCAGCAGCUGGUUAUAAUCAGUAUCAAAUACAAAAAAAAUCCAAAGAAUUUUAGCAUUUUGAAGUUAUGUAUAAUGUACAUCUCAAAGGAUGGUUAUUCAUCCAUUCAGUGUUCUUAACGGUCGUUAUUUUUCAGUUUGUUUGUUAUUCAAUUGGAAAUUAAACGUCUUCUAUUGGGCAGAUGGAACAACAAUUGCUAAGCAAAUUGUUCCCCCGCUGGGGGACGAGACGCAACAAUGGAAAAUCACCUUUAUCAGUGAUUGUUGGACAGUUGGAUUAUCCUUUCCGGAAGUCAUCAUACUUUUUUAUCUGCUGCAAUUUACUAAAGGCAUCCAAUAGAUCACCCAAUUAUAGAAAAAUACGUAUGUGUUAAGAUGUUAAGAUGGAUGUGUUUUCGAUUUCCAAGGAACAUCGCUUCAUCAUGCUGGAUCCAAUUCCCUUGGGUCCACCGGUUUGAUGCUUUCUAUUACCGGAAAAAGGUACAGGCCAUCAUCCAGCUAACAGAAACCGCACGCAGAACUGGAAACGACCGAUUUCAAACAAAGAUGAGACGGAAAUCGGAGCUCUUCCGAUUCCAGUUUGAAGAAUUCAAGCUGAAACAAAACUGGAGAUUGAAAAGAUUCCUUUGUAACUGAGCUACCAUUCAGCUGGCUGAAGAUUUGUGCACCCGGGAAUGAACAUAUAGCAGUGAUGAAGCAGGGCCAGGAAGUCCCGGGACCGAAUACAAUCUACGUCCUAUGUGUCAAUGUUCCGAACGAUUUCGGAGGAGUUGUAUUUGCAACUUACAAUACAGAAAAAUUUAAUUUGAUUCUAAAGCUAACACUGUAAAUUACCUAACUCACUGAUUGUAUCACAUACGCCAACAAACUGUUGUAAAUAGUACCUACUUUCUUAAAAAAUAAAAUUAAGGAAAACAAAUUACGAGCGUAUUUGAUUGCACUGAUAAAACCAUUCAUUUCACUAUCCUAAACAAUAAAUUUUGUCAUUAUGGCUCGAAUUAAAAUUCAUUGGAAAUUCUUAUAAAAUGAAACUAUUUUCUACUGGUAAAAAGUAUUGGAUUUUCUUUUAGUGCGAAAACACUAAAAUUCCUAAUAAACCCUAUAGCCGGAUUUUGUUCAGUGUAUACCGUUUUUUUUUUUCACCUGGAGGCAAACUAGAGGCAACCUAGGUUCGCUCUAACUGCUGUCAUCGUGCUCAUUUAUUGCUCGAGAGGCAACCUAGGUUCGCUCGGAAAAAGGACGGAGUCGCCCUGAGAAAAAAGUCAGUUUUGCGAGAAGUUCACCAAUACUCUCAACGUUGUUGUCAAAACAUUAAACAGCUGUUUUUGGCUGAAAACAAAACAGUUGAAAUAAUGAACGGACAAAUGAUUAUUGCCGCGAUUUUGAACCUCUCAGCCAAGCAAAAUCGUACUAUCUGCAGUCCAGCGCAAUCCGGACACGAAAAACGGCAAUCCGGAUGUGAAGAACCGAAUGAAGAAAUCCAGAAGGGAGAACAAAAUGACAGCUGCAUGUAAACAUUGCGCUCGUUCUCACGCACACCUACGUAUGGAAUAACUCGAAACCCGAAACUUGCUUUUUUAUUCUGACGGUUCCAGAGCCAAAUCCGGAAUCAAAAAAAAAUACGCCAUAUUGGCAGUGUAGAUUCCUUCGAAUCGAUUUAAUUCGAGCAGUUCCCGCUGUUACCCAUUUUCUUAUUAGAAUCAAAGGCGCGCACAUUCUAGUACCACUAAAAUUUCAAAGCAAGUGCAUCAGAUUCCGUUUAAUUUUUUUUUCAUUUCUGACCCUUUAUUCGAAAUCAAAAUGUUUGAACCGGAGACUCGUUUGUUGGCCCCCGAAACGGGUGAAGAUUAUCAUUUCCCGUUCUCACCGUAUGACAUCCAGCUAGAUUUGAUGAAAAGCUUGUACACAGUGGCUGAAAGGCGACAGGUAGGCAUCUUCGAAAGCCCGACUGGAACCGGAAAAAGUUUAACACUGACCUGUGGAGUGCUAAGUUGGCUGCGGGAUCACGAAGCCCUGGUGGAGCGGGAACUGACCCGGAAGAUAGAGCAGCUCAGGGAAGAUAUCACUCGACUGGAAAGGGAAACUGCCGGUGCCAGCGAUUGGAUUACCGGCCAAUACGAAACCAUGGGCUUCAAAAAGCAGCUUGUUGAACUGAAGGGUACCAAGGAUCUGAUGGAUGAGUACAACAAACGGCUGCUGGAGCUGAAACAGAAAACUCUGAAAGUCAAAAAGAAAAGGCGAUUCGAUUCCGCCAAAGUAAAGGAUAAAGUCGAUGAACAACUGUCGAAAGGUGAAGUCGAGAAAAUGGCCUUGGAAGAUGGAGAUGAUUACAUGGUCCAAGAUUCGGACGAUGAUGAUGAGGAUAUCGAAACAGGGGAGGAAGAUAAAACUCUGAAGUAUAAACCGAUUCAAGUCAUCUUUUGCUCCAGAACUCACUCUCAACUGGGGCAGGUGGUUAACGAAAUACGACGGACCGAAUUCGGUAAAUGGGUUCGGUUGACUUCGUUGGCUUCGCGCCAAAACUUUUGUAUCAAUCCUGAGGUACGAAAAUUGCGAACCAAUGCAUUAAUCAACGAACGUUGUCUGGAACUACAGAAAAAUAAAGGGAAGGCAACUGUGGUCGAUGAGAUCAAAAAAGCAAAGAAAAAGAGAAAGGUUGUUGACAAGUGUCCAUUCUACAACAAACAAGCCGUCGAAGAUCUUAAAAACGACGCCCUCUUCGAAGUACAAGAUAUAGAGGAGCUGGUUAUGUUCGCCAAACAGGAGCAGGCCUGUCCGUAUUAUGCUUCCCGAGCCGCUAUUCCGGAUUCCCAGCUUCUGAUGGUUCCCUACCAAAAUUUGUUGCACCACAAAACAAGGGAACAAACAGGCAUCGAUAUUAAGAAUUCCGUUAUCAUUAUUGACGAAGCUCACAAUCUUUUAGAUACGAUAGCUGCCAUCCACAGUCAAGAAAUUUCCGCUGAGGUGCUCGAACAAGCUCGACUCCAUCUUAACGCCUAUAAAACUCAGUAUUUUGCCAGAUUCUCUACAAAAAAUUUGCUUAAGAUAAACCAACUCUUGUUCGUAGCUACACGGUUGUGUAAAUUGCUACACCUUCAAGGGGGUGACAAAAGUUCUACUUCUCGCAUGAUUUCCCCAAUCGAUUUCCUUACGGAAGCAGAUAUUUUCAAUCUGAACAUUCAAGAACUUUUAGAGUUCGCAGACAAAUCGCGAAUCGCCCAGAAGGUACAUGGCUUCGUUCAAAGCUGUCCUCACGCCUUGGAGCGAGAUGAAGUGAAACCACGUCCCAAAACAAAAACUCUUACCACCACCAAGAACUUCCUCAAACAAUUAGAAAAAGACGUAGUCACGGAUGAGAAAAAAUCUGCUAAAAAAGCCGAAGUUGAGGAUAGCAAAGAACAUCCAUUGCUUGAGGAUUCAACACCUCAAAAGCCACUGGUCAAUGCCAUAAGGCCGUUGUUAAGCUUUCUGGAAUGUCUAGCGGAAGAUUUUGACGAUGGUCGGGUUCUGUUAAGCUUCGAUGGCAAGGAACCGAAACGAUCCAGUAUGAAAUAUUUACUACUAAAUCCGGGGGCUCGAUUUGAAGAAAUUCUGAACAAUUGUCGAGCUCUUGUACUGGCAGGUGGAACCAUGCAGCCGGUCGAGGAACUCACCGAACAACUCUUCAAAGGCUGCCCGGACCGAGUAGUAAUUAAAAGCUAUCGUCACGUGGUCCCCCCGGAUGCAGUGCUACCUUUGGCAGUGGCGAGAGGUCCCGGAGGAAACGAACUGCUGUUCAACUUUGCCAAUCGACAGAAGAAAGAGCUUCUCAACGAGAUCACCUCAACGCUAAUGAACGUGUGCCAUGCUGUGCCGAACGGAAUUGUAGCCUUUUUCGCGUCUUACGAUUACCUGGAACUGUUUUACGCAAAUCUCAAAGAGAGCGGCCGUUUGGCUGCUCUCGAAGAACGAAAACGUAUCUUUAAGGAGCCUCGAGGUGGAGGGGCUGCUUGCGUCGAGAAAAUGCUAAGCGAGUACGCAAGGGCGGCCCGAGGUCAUUGCAGUGGCAAGCAAACCGGAGCACUGAUGCUGAGCGUCGUAGGAGGUAAGUUGAGCGAGGGUUUGAAUUUUUCCGAUGAACUGGGACGAUGUGUGGUGGUUGUCGGCCUGCCGUAUCCGAAUCGGAACAGUCCUGAGCUGAUGGAGCGGAUGCGCUUCCUAGAUCGGUCUCUGGGACCGACGGCAGGGAAUGAGUAUUACGAAAAUCUGUGCAUGAAGGCCGUCAAUCAGUGUAUUGGGCGGGCGGUGCGACACAUUCGUGACUAUGCCAGUGUCGUGUUACUGGACGCGAGAUAUUGUAGCAACGAGAAGGUGCAGAAAAAACUUCCGUCUUGGAUUUCCGAAGGCCUGCAGAGCGCUAGUCGAUACGGGCAGGCCCAGGGUAGUUUGAUCAAGUUUUUCAAGAACAAAGCUGCAAAGAAUGAAUCUCAAUAGGUUUUUUUUUUAUUCGUUAUAUUCGAUUACUUAUCGAAGUAAAAAGAAAGUUUUUUUUAAAUUGUGAAACUCAGAAGAAUUUCAAGAUUAAAAUUGAGCCUUUCAGGAUCAACCUAAGCGCCUAAAUUGGUUUUCUUUAACCUUAAGAUAAACA